UCGGUCUCUAAUUGCACUCUCACAUCCCAGCUAUAACACCAGCAUCACAGAUAUAUAUUCCCCUCAGUGGGGCCGAUUCUCGACGCGCCAGCUAUACCGAUCGCGGACCCGCUAACCUUUUUAGAGAGUCGAUGGGAUCGAUGCACUGGAAACUUCGUCUCAUUACGUAGGUAUGGACCCGAGGGCCGCCAAACAGGGCAGCUUAGUUGAUCGAGAUAACAUGAUUGUGUUGUCCAUAUUAUUCUACAAGAUACAUGCUUUAGAAGCUUUCCGAUGGAGUGUCUAAAAAACUGGUUCGAGCUGACUCGCGCCGGUAUCGUGAGGGUUAGGAGGACCACAGAGAGCUCGAUUGUAAACAGGGGAAACUAAUUAUACUCCGAAGUUGCAUACCUACUUAUUUCAAUAUCGAAUAGUAGCAUAUCCUUGUAAACCCUAUCGAUAGCUCCAAAAAUUUCGAAGCCUCGCUUUACAUACCUACCUACGUUUCCAUCAUUAUCCCGACCUUUUUCUCUUCCAUAACUACAACCACAACCACCGCCUGCAACCGAAAUCCUCACCGCUGCCGCCACUACUGUCGCCGUUACAACCAUAACCUCCGACAUUCACCCCAUCGUACCGCAUAGGGAGACGAUUUCGCAUCACCACACCCAUGCCGCUGAAGCGAAAGCGCAGCUACGAGCCGCCGCUCGAGGAGAAGCUGACGCGAUGGCAGAAGGAGCUAGCGCGGGGGAUGAAGAAGGCGAAGACAUUCGAGCGGCGGCGGCAGAGUAAGCGACAGCGGGAGGCAUCGGCAGCGCAGGACGCGGCGAAGGUAGCGCGGCUGGAGCGCGAGGUGGCCGUGCUGCGGAGCCUGGACCUGGCGAAGGCGGCGCGGGCGCACCUGGCCUCGGCGCUGCUGCGUGUGCGCGGCGUGGCCGAGGCCGGCAGCGGCCUGCCGCAGCUCGAGCCGCCGCCACCGGUGGGCGCGGGGCUGACGGAGGAGGAGCGCGCCGCCCUGCACAACGUGACGAGCGCGCUGUGCAGCCGCAAGGAGGUCCGCGACGUCAUCGAGGCGGCGAUCGCGGGCACCUGCGCGGCGCUGGGCGUGCCGGCGCCCGGGAAGAAGGGGAAGGGGAAGGAGAAAGGGAAGAACAACGACGGGGAGGGUGGGGGUAGUGGCGGUGCGAAGAGAUGGGAUGUGGCGAGGAAGGGUGAGGAGGAUAAGGAUAGGGGGGACGAACGGAAGGGAGGCAGGACAGAGAAAGAGGAGAAGGAGGAGAAGAAAGAAAAGAAAAACAUACAACCACUCGACUCCGAAGAAGAGCUAAAAGAGCCUGAACUCGUGCUUCUGAGGAGGAAGCCAGAUCGGGCGGCGGAAGGCGAGGAGGAGCUCGAGAGCGCUGCGGAAGAGGAAUCUCCGGAUGACAACGAGGCAUUCCACGAGUCAGCAGACAGCGACGCCGAGGAGCGCGCGUUCUCGCGGUACGCAGAGUUCGUAGCGGGCACUAGCAGCGACGAGGGCGAAAGCGAAGACGACGAGAGCUCCGGCGGAGAAGAAAGCGGAGCAGCCGCCGAGAGCAGGACGAAGUCGAUUCGAAAGCGAAUCGCGGCAGACGCCGUCUCGGCAUCAUCGUCAGCCCCGUCCGACGGGGAAGCGCCCACAGACCAUCUGGACUCCUCCUCCGCAUCUGGGUCUCCGGCCCGCCCUGCGGCCAAGAAGGCGAGGACGACGGACAAAGCCCCUCGCGGCGGCGGAAAGAUCUCGGCGGGCGCGUCGGCCUUCCUGCCGACGCUGAUGGGGGGCUACGUGUCGGGCUCGGAGUCGUCGGCGUCGUCGAUCGACGUGGCGCCGGCGGCGGCGCGCAGGAACCGGCGGGGCCAGCGCGCGCGCCGCGCCAUCUGGGAGAAGAAGUACAAGGACAAGGCGCGGCACCUCCAGGCGCCGCAGCCGGCGGCGGCGCGCGACCAGGGGUGGGACCCAAGGCGCGGCGCCGUGGGCGCCGACGACGCCGGCCAGCCCUGGAAGAAGGGCGUGCGCAAUCCCUUCGCGCCGCCGCCGCCGCAGCAGGUUCACCCCGAUCGCCAUAGUACAAUGCAGAGAGCCCCACGACAGCCGUGGUCGGCCCAGAGGGGACCGGAGGCCGGCGGUAGAGGAGGAGGGGGGGAAAGAGAGGGGGGUGAUCACAACGCCCGCCCGGGCGCCAGAGACUCCCACUCCCACGCUCGGCCCCCCAGAGCGCCGGCCGCGGCACCCCCGAAACGAGACGACACGGGCCCGCUGCACCCGAGCUGGGCGGCGGCGAAGAAGGCCAAGGAAGAAGGGCAGAAGGUAGCGUUCCAGGGGAAGAAAGUGGUGUUUGACUGAACUAUGGUGGGAGAAGGAAGGGGGCGUUUUUCGGUGUAAUUGAUAGAUACCACUGUUUUUCCCUCCGCCAACAUAGGGGCCGUCCUGUGCGCGGCCGGGGAUACGAGAUCCGACAGACACGGGUGGAAUACGUCCAAGAACACUUGCAGAGGAAUAAGACAAGACGAGAGGUAUUCAGAAGAGAAGAUCAUAAAUUCGGAAAUUCACCGCGUUACGUACACAUCCGCACCCUCACCGCGCAAGUAGCCACCAUCUAGUUAACACAUCGCCGUACGGCGCCUCACCAAUCCAUAGGAGUCGAGGGACAAAAAUCCAAUCGCGUUUCUGCCUCGAGAAAAAGAUCUAGGACCCUAUCGUAGCCUCUCUAACUUUCUC